AUGACCACCCUCAUACAACAGCCACCACGAGGUCUUUUUAUUUCCUUCUCUUUUAGCACAAUUGCUCCCUGCAGUAAGUAACCCCAGUCAUAAACCAUACUCUCGCCCAUUUUCUUGUCAUUAACUUCCUUCAUAGUCGCGCGACGUUUCCACAUCAUGAAUGAUUGCUGGCCUGCUUGCCUUGAUCCUUUCCUUCCCGUGGGAUGUGGGAAGUAUCAGGGAGCAAGAAUCCACAUUGCAGCGAUACGGUCAAUCUAUUUUCAUGAAUGCGUGUGGAUGGACUUUGAAGGACUCCAUACUGACGGGUCUACCCCAGCGUCAGCAACUCUGUCGCUCAACCGACACCAUCUGAGUCUGUUAGCGCAGGCAAGAGCACACUCUUAUAAGAAAUACACUGACUUCUCCUGCCAAAUGCUUCAGUAAACCUGGUGGAUGCUUCUACACUGUCCUGUGUCAGCACUCAACUCUCAUCUGCGGUUCGAGAAUACCGCGUUCAGUCCGGCGCUACUCCCACAGGGUCGAAUCCAAGAUGGUUGGGCCGGGCAACCGAAAAAGUUUUAAAAUUUCCGGGUUUGUGGUAAUCAGUCGUUCUUCAAAAGCGUGUUCUCAGCUUUCUGGGACCCAAUGUCUGCAGUAUCAUGUCGUUCAAAAUCAAUGGCAAGAGUGUCUUGGGGGCAAAAAAAGUGUCACGUAGAGGCGGGACAGAGUAUGACGAUUCCGUUUAGCCUCUAGGCCCAUUAGGAAGUUGAGAGGCGAGUUCCGGCGUGGCGACUGCGUCCUGCAACCUGAUUGGCUAACGCUCUUCGGACGACAUCCAGUUACAUGGUUCACUUUGUCUCGCAUUCUUUAGACUUGGAAUGCAAAGCAACGCCACUAAGGGUUGUCUCUGGGCCUCAAUCGAUCUACGGCCAACUCGGACGGGUCACCUUGUGGUCGGCAGUUAGGGACUUAUUCUCAAAGAAGCACUCGCAAGCAGUGUAUUUUAACCAGAGCGGCUGAUUUUGUGAUCGUUUUGCUCCUGGCUCCUUUACUAUACAUGCCUCCCGCUCAAAUAGCGAAGCCAGGCGGUGCAUAUUCUGUUCUAAUUAUACUCCGACGCCAUGCCUGCAUUUUUAAAAAUUGACCUACUGUCCUGUAUUGGGAGUCUGCAGCCCUGGCUCGUUUAUUCGACACUUUACCCAUUAGAUGGUAGCUGUGUCAUCUCGUGAAAUGUCCUUUCAAUUUGAAAGGGUUACUUAAGUAAGGCCGUAAUAUUAAUCAUUGCGUAGCAUAAUCACAAGAUGUUAAAGUCACUUCAGGAUGCUGGUUUUCGAAUGAGCUUCUUAUCGAUCGCUUGCCUAAACUAUGUAUAUUUCGUAAAAAUGGCUACCCAAGUAGUAUGAAUCAUUCCCACUGAUAUUUGAGACACUUAUAAAUUCAAAUAUAAAUUGUGGGAAAAGUGCAUGAAAAAUAUCCCCCCUCCCGUAUUCAUUUGGGAGCAAAUUAUGCCUUAUUCAAAUUCAGCUCUUGAAGAAAGAAUAUCUUUCGGUUUUAAAAAAGUUUCUCGAUUCCCGUAAAAUUUUAAAUCGGACCUGCUGUUACACUUGUGGUUCAGAAUUUGCAAACUAAAAGUUGCGUAUUUUCCGCCUAAGGAAUGUCAUAGUUUCUAUACGCUAUUAAGAAGAUGUCAUAUAGGACUCAUUAAAUUUUGUAGUGGAUGGUGACUUUGUUGUCCCCUUUUUAAGCAUCAUUAAUAAACAGGCUGACACGACGGUGUAUGAUUAGACAUUUGGCGGUCUUGAAAAAUCUCUUUGGCAAAAAUUUUUUAAACCGAGCCGAGCUAGUCCUUUUAGGGUUAAAUUUGAAGAGGACAUAAUUUGCUACCAAAUUAGUAGAAGAAAGUAUAUUUUGUGCAUGUUUCCUAUAGAAUAUAUUUGAGUUCAUGGAAGCACCAAAAAUCAGUGGGAAAAAUGCAUCCUAAUUUAAUGAUCACAUUUUGCAAGGUGUAGUUUUUACGGACUGCCGGCAAGCAACCUAUUCAAAAUCUGGCAUCCUAGGGUGAUUGAAAUAUCUCCGGAUUAAGCGCUCCACCCAUCCACAAAACUGUUGGUGAUUACUGAACAAACGGAGGCAUUACUGACCUAGGGUUUCCAUUUAUUUUGAUUUCAGAACAGAACAUGGCUAAUAAGUGUUGCUCAGAACUUCAGUCUAGAACCUUCGGAAAAUAAAAAUACCAGGUCAAAAAAUGCCGCUGGUUCAUAAAAUCAGUUGGGCCUGAAGCGCCUAUUACAGUCUGCCUUGCUUCAGAAAAUGAUAGUAGUAAUGGUGAUGAUGAUGGUGGUGGUGGUGGUGGUGGUGCUGGUGCUGGUGCUGGUGCUGGCGGCGUUGGUGAUGAUGAUGAUGAUGAUGAUGAUGAUGAUGAUGAUGAGGAGGAGGAGGAGGAGGAGGAGGAGGAGGAUAUUUCCCAUUUGACUUUUGUGGUAGGAUUGUUCACCGAUCGCGGAAUUGUGAUGCUCAUCUCGUUGCGUCUUCAAGCUCAGUUUAUAACACUCCCAGGAAGUCGAAUAGCGACUGUUAAUAGAUGCAGAAAUAAGUGUACUGAUAAAGACAAGGGAGGCUGAGAUGGUCAUUUUUGACUUCUUGGCUGCCGUCAGCCAGCCAUGCCUAACCCCAGCUUUGGAUAACCGCCGAUCCGUUUAUUACAGUGUGGCCGGCUGAGGGAGCUCUCAGUCAUCACGAGACGGUCACAUCCCUCCCAGCAAACAGACCGGGCCGUUUAAUCUUACGCCCAAGAGACAGCUCCAAGUCUUUCGCUGAACCGUGUAUCGAGUCCUUCACCUUCGGACUGGAAAGCGUCUUUCUUUGAAGGUUACACCUUAAUACGCCAGACGACAUCACACUCAACAGGUUUCCUAUCAGAUCCCUGACUUGUUCUGUGUAGAUUCGAUGCACUGGGAGCCCCGAGCACCCGCCGGCGCCCCGGCGUCCACAGAAGCGCCCGCCAGUGACUCAACUGCAGGACAAACCGCUCCCGAAAAUGCUGCAGUGACCUGCGGUGUUUAUGCGGUGAGGUCUGCGGUUGAGAAUACGUGGGCAAGUCGCCCGAGGUCAGUACAUCCUAGUGGCCGUUUUCCCCUCACACACAGAUCUAUUCACUCUCUCUUGCCCUCAUCUCAACCAGUGGUAACGCCCCUCUCCAACUCUGCUGCACGUAGGCACUUAGCAGCGCGGUCGGUAAGCGCAACAGUGAAUCAUACAGUCCGGCGCAGCUGAGCGUCUGCAUAGGGAAGAAGGCCUUUAAAGUCUUUUCUCGGAUGGGGAGGGGGGGCGGACAGGGCGUGGCCUCUAGGCAAGGCCCUCGCCCUGCUGGAGUUUGGCACCUGCGCCGGCAAUGGUAUCCAGUCGACAGGAUGACUUUCAGAGCAUGGAAGGCUGUUCAAAGUCCUGACUGGGGUUUGAGGUGUCUCGGGGCUGAGCUCGCUAGAGGGAGGGGGAAGCAGGGGAAUUCUUCGAGAACCCGAUGUAGAGAAGGCAAGGUGAUCUUCACGGUCAGCAGAUGUACUCCAGCCGGACUGUGUACACCCUCAGUACUGCCUGAGGUUAAUACUGGCUACUGGCGGGGCCUCGUAGCUCAGGUGGUUAGAGCGUUGGCUGUACUAAAGCCUUCCCCCUUACUGCGUGGGUUCGAAUCCCACGGAGGCGACGAGUUUUUCAUAGCUGGGUCAAUAUGAAUUAUUCAAAAUCUGCCAAAAUAUCACUGAAUACUGGCUCUGACAAACAGUACAAAGAUGUGAGGGGCAGCUCAAGUAAUAGUCUCUAAAUUGUCUGCGUAUGACGCAAGAUAAUCAAUAAUUCUUCUCAUCCAUUUACCUAAUAGAUUUCAGUAGCUUUCCUUGUCAUAUAAAAGUCGCCUUGUGUUCAAACAAGUAACUAACUUUCAAAGGCAGUAGAUUUUUCUCCCGCUUUCUCCCUUGAAGUGAGAAAGUCCGCAGCCCUUCCGAAUCUGACGUUAAAGACAUUAUGGGUGCUCUUUUCCUGAACUAAUCAUAAAACCCUUAAACAUUAAUUCACGUACGUACGUAUGCAACUAUGGUGUCUUUCCUGCCAAGGGGUAGCCUUUGUUUUUCGGAAAAUUUCCAGACACCCGAUGACUGUGCGAAAAUAUAAAAAUGAACUGCAUCUUAUUUUUGAAAGUCUUAUUUUGCUCGAUUUCCCUCACGCAGCAUUUCCAUUCAACAGACAUCCCCUUGUUGUAAAAUAAAACCCACCCACCUACUCCAAUAAACAUUGACAGAAGUGUUUACUUGUGCCCGUAAGAUAAGAAAUAUUGCUUGGGCAAAGUCGAAAACGUGUUGAACAUGCAAUAUUCUCUUGAGUUACUGACAUUUGGUUGAACAUACUGUUAAUCACCUGCAUCAACCUGCGAGAAAAAUAAACGUCACUACUUUUUUGAUUUUUGAUGCAUGUAAAGUGGAUGGAGUUUCCCGGAAAUAACCAUGGAUCCCGUUGUAUAUGCUUCCAUCAGCUUUAAUAGAUCAAGACUUGUUACGUUGCUAAGUUAACAUAAAAGCAUACCCAUAUUUUUAAAAAUUAGCUAAAAAAUUAUUUGGCCCCAAACUAAUUUAUCCUUUCAGUGUACAGCUAAAUGAGAUGUAAUUUCGUGUAACGGAAGUUAAAACAUUACCUAUCACUGAAAAUACGGGGUAGAAAGUAAUUGAUAAUUGAGUUAUUUCAAGCCCAAUUUGCAUAAAUGAACGAGAUGCCUUCCAAAAACACAUAUCGGUCCAUUUAAAAUAAUAAAUUCUUGUCAAAGGUGCCUUCAGAAAUUGCGGCUGCUUCCCUGAAUUCUCGUGGUUUUGGAAACUCCAAAAAUUUAAAACACGCUUGGUGGCAAUGCAGUCCUUCUCAACUCCCAUAAGCUGAGAAAGUGAGAUUUAGUGAGUAAUGAUCGCCAGCUUCCUAACUUGAGUAGUAUUCGAUUGUCGUAGGGGAGCGCAGUGCAGAUAGUCCACUUUCAGCCACUGAUUGCAUUUCUCACUGUGGGCAGUGAGUAAUGAGAUCUAAUUGCAAAUAACGGUUUGUUUUUUACUUCUGCUGUGUACUUGUCACAGGAAAAGACUUCUACGGCAACAGAAGACAAUCCCAAAGAGCGGACGGUAGCGGCUGACGUCACUCUUUGGAACAUAGCCUUCCCAAUGGAAUCCCACGAGGGUGGCAGCCUUUCAAGGCACAUUCCCUCUCUCCUUAGUCGUUCUCAUCGGAGCAAAGCCUUCAACUGGACACAGCACUUUAACAGUCGGGAAAAAGAUGCGGUCGACUACGUGUCUCUUGAAGUGGAUGCAGUCACUUGCGCGCAGACCAAUUUAUGCGGCAGCAGACUUGCGUAG